GCAAGAAGGACUUGUUCAUACAUGAUAGCUUCAGAUUUUUUUAAAUGAUUAAGUUUAUUGUAAUAUAGUUUUUGCUAUUCUUGUAAUACAUUCGAAAAGUUAUUUUCUGAAGUUUAGUUUAGUUCGUAUACCUAUUGCAUGCAUUUUUAUUUAAGAUACAAUCAUCUUGAGCAAAAUGAGAAUUGUGCAGUUUAAAAGGAAUCGCUUUUUCAAUAUUAUUGUCUACAGUAUACUUGCUCUUUUUAUCUUAUAUGCUAUCUUCGAUUUUUUCGUCGAUAAACCAAUUAAUUUAAGAGAAUAUUGGUCAGAGAGCCUAAAAAGUAAAAAGCUUCCAGUUCUAGCAAAGGAUCUUGGAAACUUUGAUCCACAAAAUGUACCUGUUAGAAGUGGUUUUGGAGAGGGGGGUAAACGUCAUAUUUUAAGAGACGACCAACAAAAUGAUGUUCAACAGUCAGAGUCUGAAUAUGGUAUGAACAUGGUAUGUUCCGAUGAAAUUUCAUUGGACAGAUCGAUUCCGGAUACAAGAAUGCCAGAAUGUAAACAUUGGAAUUAUUCAGAGGUACUUCCUAAAACCAGUGUAAUCAUAGUAUUUCACAACGAAGGCUGGUCUGUAUUAAUGAGAACUGUACACAGCGUGAUGAAUCGUACUCCCCCUCAAUUUCUAGAGGAAAUUUUAUUAGUAGAUGACUUCUCCGAUAAAGAUAAUUUGAAAGGUGAUUUAGAAUCCUACAUAGAACAAUGGGAAGGCAAAGUUAAAUUGAUAAGAAAUUAUGAAAGACAAGGUUUGAUAAGAACACGAUCACGUGGUGCGCGCGAGGCUAAGGGCGAAGUUAUAGUAUUUUUGGAUGCUCACUGUGAAGUCAAUGUUAACUGGUUACCCCCUCUUUUAGCUCCAAUAGCUGUUGAUAGAACUGUAAUGACAGUGCCCAUAAUAGAUGGUAUUGACCAUAAAACUUUCGAAUAUCGGCCCGUGUACCAAGAAGGACACUUAUAUCGAGGUAUUUUCGAAUGGGGAAUGUUAUAUAAGGAAAAUGAGCUCCCUGCGCGAGAACAAAAAACCCGACCUUAUAACAGCAUGCCGUACAAGUCCCCUACUCACGCUGGUGGUUUAUUUGCAAUAAAUCGUGAAUACUUUUUGUCGCUGGGUGGAUACGAUGACGGAUUGCUCGUUUGGGGUGGAGAGAACUUUGAAUUGUCAUUUAAAAUAUGGCAGUGUGGAGGAAGUAUUCUCUGGGUACCGUGUUCGCACGUUGGUCAUGUAUAUAGAGGAUUUAUGCCUUAUACGUUCGGUAAAUUGGCUCAAAAAAAGAAAGGACCACUAAUAACCAUGAACUACAAGAGAGUUAUUGAAACUUGGUUCGAUGACAAAUACAAAGAAUUCUUUUAUACAAGAGAACCUUUGGCUCAACUCCUCGACCAUGGCGAUAUAACUGAACAAUUACUGUUUAAAAAACGAAAGAAAUGUAAAAGUUUUCAGUGGUAUAUGGAAAAUGUGGCUUACGAUGUUUUUGAUAAAUUUCCAGAAUUGCCGCCAAAUCUUCAUUGGGGAGAGUUACGAAAUGUGGCGACAGGGAGGUGUUUGGAUACAAUGGGCAAUUCGCCUCCCAGUUUAAUGGCUACAUCUCACUGCCAUGGGUUUGGUAACAAUCAGUUGAUCAGAUUAAACACGAAAGGUCAAUUAGGAAUAGGAGAACGAUGUGUGUCGGCCGACGGACAAGGAGUAAAAUACGUAUUUUGUCGAUUAGGAACAGUAGAUGGUCCGUGGCAGUACGACGAAAAAACGAAAACGCUUUUGCACAGAGUACAUAAAAAAUGUAUAGCACUUCAUCCUCAGACUCAACAAUUAUCUCUAAUGCCAUGUGAUGUCAAUAAUACGUAUCAGCAAUGGUCUUUCCAUAAAAUUCGUCCACGGUGGUGAAGAAAUGCUAUGAACAAUCGCAGAAUACUGGUGCUGUAUAAUUUUAACACUAUUGGAGUAAGAUUUACGACUGUAUUUAUGAUGGAGAUUAUUUAAUCGUUGAGAUUAUUCCAAGUAAUAUUUGUGUUUAUACACAAAGCGUUUAAAUGCAAUAUAUAAUGUCAAUAACUUACGAUCUUCAAUGAAAAUAACAAAUUUUCUAUAUCGAGAUACGAUUAUAUUUGGAAUCAUUUUACAUGUUUCCUCUGUGAUGUCGAAUAAACUUUCUACAUUGUAGUUCGUCUUAUGUCACUGUAAAUUAAGUUUUGCUUUCUUUAAAUCGGUUCUUCGCGAAAUUGAAUAAAAUUAUUAAAGUCAUCUAUUUCAUGAUCAAGUAUGCAUAUUACAUUCGAAACAAAAAAAAAAAGAGAAAAAAAAGAAAGACUGUUAUCUUAUAAGAAUUAUUUUGAAUGUACAUAGACCAUUUUGGAGUACAUUUUUCUUGCAUCAUCAUGAGAACAUGUGCUUCCAUUUUUUACUGUUUCCUAUUAAAAAAGUAUGUUGACGGUGUAGUUUUGUAAUUUUUUUAAAUUAUUCAACGCAUACAUUCAGACAAGAAGUUACUUAGCAUAAUGUAAAGAAAACGUAAUAAAUGUU